UGCAGAUGAUUUUAACAACAGAUAUGGUAUAUGGUUUGUCGUUAGGAAUAUGUAAGCUCCAUGUGGGCUGCAGUGAAGUUCAGCCUUGGAUUUGUUUGCGAAAAGACUUUAGGGCUAAGAGGAAGAUCCGUUAUUUUAGAGACAGCUAAAUCGUGACAUGAAAUCCUAUUGACGUGGCUUAGUUGUUGUGUCGACCAUGAAAUGUUCACAUAUUGUUACCAUUGUCAGCUUUAUGUUAGGGACUGUUAUUUUGGAAACCCCAGAAAAUGGUAAACAAUCUGCUAAGGAUUUGACAAGUGAGCCGGGGCAUCUGAAACCGUUUGGAUCAGGUCGUCCAAGUAGACAGAUUGAUACAGUCGAUGGUUUUCCUGACCAAAGGGCGUUUUUGACAGACUAUGUUUUUGGGUCUAAACCACUAAAGAUGACAGGAGCUGCAAAGUUAUCGCCUGCUUUCACUUUGUGGACAGACGAUUAUUUUCUGUCGCUUGAUUUACCGGAAGACAGUACCGUUCAUCUUGAAACAAUAAAGAAAGAGAGCAGAGAUCAAAAUACUGAAGAUAUGAAGUUUCAAGAUUUUAUAAAGAUUUACAACAAAACUGAACACUACAUGGUCGAUGGUGUCCCAGAGUAUCUUGGGGGUGACUUGGUGUUCCCAUGUGCAGUCCAGUGUACUCAGUUAAUGGAAGAAAGUGUGGUCACUGCGAUGAUGUGGUUCAGCAGUGGGGGAACUAAGUCUGUAGUCCAUGCUGAUGCUGUAGACAACAUCAACUGUCUCUAUCGUGGAAACAAGACGUUCAUAAUGGUGGAUACCAACAAGUACAGAGACAAGGUAGAUCUUGAUCAUCCAGAAGGCCUGUACUCCAGCAUGGACGUUGACAGGGUUGAUUACACCAAGUUUCCCGGCAUGGCUGAGGUGGAGUUCUUCCAUGUGAACAUGGUGGCUGGUGACUGUCUCUUUAUCCCGUACAGAUGGUUUCAUCAGGUACGGUCAUUCGGCAGCAACCUAGCUGUCAAUAUCUGGUGGGACCACUACAGUGCCAGGAGUACCGACCUGGACACCUGCGGAACCUCCUGUGACCACAGCAUCAAGCUUAACAGCGUCAAGCAGCAUGGAAUGGACUCCACCAUGUCCAACAUUGGCUCCAUCAAAGACCAUCUCAUCAAUACAGUAGCUGUUAGAAGCAUAGAUCUGGAUGGUUUCAAGAACAUAUUUGCUGCAGAAAUGAUACAGACUAUUCCUAAUGAAGAGUCCAAGGCAAAAAUUGAAAGCGUCUACAAUGAACUAAUGGACGAGUUCUUCAGAACUUUGGACGUUGAUGCCGAUGGUUUAAUCAACACUCAGGACCUGAUAACAGUUCCAGAGCAGGCUUGGUGGGAUGCUCAGACGUACAUAGCAGAAGUGCAGCAACUGUUUGGCAGAGAGGACGGGGAGGAUGAGGACUUGGUCACCGACCCAGAGGACUUCCAUGAUGAGCUGUGAAUCCUGUACACCCGAAGUCCUCAAUAGUCAUCUACACCUGGAUACAUACACAAUGGACCAUGUCCAACAUUCAGUCACACUAGACUGGAGUGUCUGUAUGAAAUAAUUCAGUGACCUAAAAAAAUGUCUUUUUAGGUAUUUACUGUUGAAAAUAUUUGAUCCCAGUAUGACAACUAUGAAACUUAAUAUACCAUCCUAAUGUGAA